GUGGACACUUGGGCCCUAUUGAAAUCGUUUAUCUACAGUGUUUCCUUCCCUUUUAAGGAGCUGCAAUCUUCAUUUUUAAAACAAUUGACUUCUUCCCUCUUCGCCCUAUAAUCUCACUCUUUGAUCUCGCAAGCUUCUUGGAUCGUCUGCAACUCGUUCGAGGUCGAUUCUGUAUUUGGUACCUCACCAACCGACUACCUCUUAGCAGCGAAACACAUAUAGCGUUUCGUGAGAAGAGCUUUGUCUUACUGCCUUAUUCAGAACAGCUUUCGCAAGAAGAGCUUUGUUGUACUGCAGGGUUUUAAUAUCCAUUGAUUUUGUACGGCUGUUUCUUGUCUUCAUUUCAUCACCAUCCCCUCUGUUCUCUCUCUGGUUAAUUUCGGUGAGUUUCAAUGGAAGUAGGCGGUGAGGCAAUGAUGAGAGUGCAAGCCUUAUCUGAAGCUGGUGUAUCACAGGUCCCACCUCCAUACAUCCAGCUCCCUCACAACCGGCCUCAACUCAAAUUCAAUACAUCCUCCACCUCCAAUAACAAUCAAAGUAGUAGUAUUCCUCCUGUCAUUGAUCUAUUCAAUUUCAAGCCCAACUGUCGGGACCUAGUCCGGGAGUCAAUCGGGCGGGCUUGCAGGGAAUGGGGGGCCUUCCAUGUCACCAGCCACGGUAUCCCCACCAGCCUGCUGGACCACAUCAAGGCUGCUGGCCUCUCCUUCUUCAAGCAUUGUCCCAUACCCGACAAGCUCAAGUACUCUUGCAACCCAAGCUCUUUUGCCUCCGAGGGCUAUGGUUCCCGAAUGCUCUUGCUAGGCAAAGACGACCCACAUAAUGAAGGCAACGUCGUCUUGGAUUGGAGAGACUACUUCGACCACCACACUUUCCCUCUCUCUCGGCGCAAUCCCUCUCGCUGGCCCCACUUCCCUCCCGAUUACAGAGAAAUUGUGGCCAUGUAUGCCGACCAAAUGAUGACGCUGGCUCAGAAGUUAAUGGGCUUGAUCUCCGAGAGCUUAGGCUUGAGAUCAUCGUACAUAGAGGAUGCUGUGGGUGAACUGUACCAGAACAUUACCAUCAGCUAUUACCCUCCCUGCCCUCAGCCGGAACUCACCCUGGGUCUCCAAUCCCAUUCUGAUAUGGGCGCCAUCACUCUUCUCAUUCAAGAUGAUGUUGGAGGCCUUCAACUUCUCAACCAUAACCGAUGGGUUACUGUUCCCCCUCUCUCUAAUGCCAUUCUUGUCAUCCUCGCCGAUCAAACUGAGAUCAUGACCAAUGGAAAGUACAGGAGUGCUCAACAUCGGGCCAUAACAAAUGCUACUCAAUCUCGGCUCUCAGUAGCCACAUUUCAUGACCCUGCCAAGGCAACGAAAAUAUCACCUGCUUCUGAGCUUGUCGAGGAAUCUUCUCCCCAAUACCGGGAAGUUGUUUAUGGAGAUUAUGUAUCAUCAUGGUACACGAAGGGCCCUGAUGGAAAACGCAAUAUCGAUUCCCUCCUGCUCAACUGAUGGGACUGGAAAAUUUAAACAUUUACACCCCCCCCGGCGGCAACAAAAACCCUUUUUUUUUAAUAACUGUCGUCGGUUUUUCGUUUUGCGGAAUAAGAAAUUAAAUAAAUUGGUUUAAUCUGUAAGCAUUGCUUGCGGAAUUA